AUGGAUCCGGCAACGCUCGAGGAGAAGUAUCCCUUCAUCACCCGCGAGUACCUGCAGGGCAUACUGCGGCGGGAGCAGCGCGAGAGCGCGAUCACGGUGGAAAGCUUCAAGGUGGUCGCACCGCUAGCCAAGGGUGAAAACUAUUCCAGUGACAUCUUGCGGGUGACGGUAAACUAUACGACCGGAAGCCACAAUCACAGGACCCAGACGUACGUCAUCAAGGUGUCGUUUGCGAGGGAGGAGGACGCCGAUCUGCUGGAUGCGUACGAUGUGUUCAAGCGGGAGAUUGCCGUGUACGAUGUGGUGAUGCCGAAGGUCGAGCAGUUGCUAAGCUCGAUCGGCUACAACAAACGGUUGGCGCCGACUGCGCAUGCGAUCCACGCCACCACGAUCAAACAUUUCGUGUUUGAGGAUCUGUCGCUGCAAGGAUACAAACCCGUCGGACGGACGGCUGGGUUGAACUUCCAGCAGCUGCAGCUUGUGUUGACGAAGAUCGCCAAAUUCCAUGCGGCUACCGCAGUUCUAUACAGCAUCGACGAAGACAGCAUGGCAACGCAUCACUACCGCAACAUCAGCGAGGACGUGCCUCACUUUUACCCAUUGUUCCAGAACAGCAUGGUUUCGUGCAGUGAGCAAGCAUCGCACUGGCCCACGACCAAGGGCAAAAUAGCGGACAAGUUGCGCGCACUGGAGAAAACGAUCAUUGCCAAGGGUUGCCGGGUGUACACCCGGUGUGAAACGGACUUUAACGUGCUGAACCACGGCGAUCUGUGGGUGAACAAUGUCAUGCUGAAAACGGAACCGAACGGGAAACCGACCGACGUGAUACUGGUGGACUAUGCGACCGGGUUCUUCGGCUCACCGGCCAUCGAUCUGAGCUAUCUGCUGUACACCUCUGCCGCAAACGACGUGACGGUGGAUGACUUUGAUCUGCUGCUGCAGCACUACCAUGCCGAGCUGGUUGACACGUUGACCAAGCUGAAGUACAGCAAAAAAAUACCCACCCUGCUGGACAUACAGGUUGAGAUGCUGCGCAAGGGUCAUAACGGGGUGAUGUUCUCCACCUUCCUAAUACCGCUCCGAUUGCUGGAAGACACCUCGAACGCAGAUCUGGGCGGUUUGUUGGGCAGAACGGAGGAAGCGAUCGCUUUCCGGACGAGGCUCUUUUCACAUCCCAAGUAUCAGGACCGCAUGGAGUAUCUGUUGAACUUCUUCGACCGGAAAGGCUAUCUCGAUUGA